CCCUUUUCGUUUCCUAACAAUCUACUUUUAUAUAUACCCUUCUCUUUCUCUCUUUCUCUUCUUUUUCCUUUCUUAACUUCUGUUUUUCACUUAUUGCCCUUCAUUUUUAAAGAAGUAGAAACAUCUCAUUGCCCUUCCUUCUUCUUUUCUUUCAGCUCUCUUCUUUAUCCCACCCUCCACUUCCUUUUUUUCUCAAAGGAAAACAAAAAACAGACUAUCACCAUCAUGUCGUCAGCGGAUGUUAUUGUUCCCUCCACAAUUAAACCCAAGCGUGGAUUGGCCUCUUUUAAGACCAUGUUCAGCUCAAAGCGACAGUCCAUUGCUCAAAUACCUGGUUCAGAUGAAUCCUCUUCGCCUUCACCCACCUCGGCUCGCCCGUCCUUAGAAUCUACCAUAGAUUGUCCUACUGCUGGUGUAGAGACGUCCUCUCAGAAAUUCGCCGGCUCCGUCCCCUCGCUCUUUGGUUCAAACCAGAAGCGAGCAAUGGAAAAGGCAGUAGAGAAGGAGAAGAAGGAACAAGCCAAGCAGGCGAUUCAAUUGAGUACUAUUGAUGAGAAAGGUGCCUUCAUUCCUCCUACUCCUCUGGAGAAGGGCUACAAAGACAACUUUAGGGACAAUGAUGAGGAUUACUUCCAAACAAUCAUUAGUACUCCACCAGAACGAGUUCGGACAUUCCUAUCGACAGAGUCAACUAUCAGUCCAGGCAUGUUCUCUUCGCCUUCAAGCAAGAUCAAACGAUAUUCUCUACCAUCAUCCUUCAUGACUACAAGCCAACAACAGCAACAACCUAUCUCUUCCGAAUUCAUGAGCGUGGAUCUGACCACACCAGACCUGGGCUCUUCUCCUCCACCGCAAGUGCCUCCGAAAGACAAGCACUACACUGCAUACCAAGCGCAGCAACAACAGCCCAAGAAGAGGAACAACACUGUCCACAUUGCAUACUUGACAGGGACUGAGGACCUGAGCGAGGCUCUUUCAGAGUCGAUCAGCUCCCUCAUGCCUUCCGUUCCAUCUUCACCAUCACACGAGGUGCCAGACUUGAUGGAUGAUGAUGACUCUGAGAUCUCUUCCUCUACAAAUCCUUCCCCAAGACAUUCGACUGCAUCAUUGCAAGAUGAUCAUUCCUAUGAUCGGAGCCCUGUCAAGACCAAAGUUGAAGGAAUGAACGACUUGAUCCUUGGUGGCCCAUUGCCGCUUUCGUCUUAAAGUUCUUUCUAGGUCUCACUUCGACCCAAAAAAGGCCAAGUUUGGGAAUCCUCACCCAACAUAUCCAUUAUUUUUGCUUUAUCUGAUCUGUACCUAUAGCUUUUUUUUUUUU